AGAACGAGGUGUCUCAAGAUGAGAACUUGGGAGCAUCGGCAGCGAUGGCUGAGAGGGAGGCGCCAUCAACUGCAGAGAAGACAGAAAUUGCGGGAUCAAACAGGGAGGAAUUGAACUCCAAGGCAGAUUUGAACUCCAAAGCACAUGAUAACCCAUUGCCAGAAGCAAAAACAGAGAGUGGAGGUUCAUGCAAGGACAGUGAUGUUUCAGUGAUCUCAAGGCCUUCUAUGCCAGAGGAAGAUGAUCUUGGGUGGGAUGAGAUCGAAGAUCUCGGGGAGCAUGAUGAUAAGAAAAUUAGUAAUUCAAGUGGUAGUUCUUUUAAGGUGGAUCUACACAAGAGACUGAGUGCUGCUGAAGAUGAUGAGGAUCUGAGUUGGGAUAUAGAAGAUGAUGAUGAGCCUGCCAACCCUUGAUUCAAGGGCAUAAUAAUAUGAAUAGGAUCAUUAGGAACGAAGAAUGGUACAAACUUGAAGUUGGUGCGAUUGUAUAGAAGAAUUUUAAUAUUUUUAAUUGACUAUAAAUUUAUAGAUGAUGACUUUUUGAAUUUUGAGUUUAUAGGUUUUGGAUAUUUAAAUUUGGAUUUAAUCGUUCUAAAUCCACUCGUUAUUUAUUUAUUUACUGGA